AUGGCUCACACACCACAGGCCGGUUCCAGUGAGGAAACUUCCACGGUAAGUCAAGUAACCUUGCAAAGUGACGAAUCAAACUUGGAAUAUCAAGAUGUUUCUGAAAAGCAUUUGAGAGACGAAAGCGCUCCGAGAGGUUCUUUUUUGGAUCACAAAGAGAGUGAUAGUGAUUCUGAUCGAUCAUUCGAUGAGGAGGAGGAGCAAGAAGAAGAGGAAGGUGAAAAUGAAGAAGCUGGUGGUAAUUUGUCCAACAACGAACCACCGCCUGAGGAUAUGGAUGGAUCCAAUGUAAAUAAACAAAAUACAUCGAUUUUCACAUUCAAUCUUCCCUUCGGUGGAAAAUCUUUGAUUCCGGUAGCACCAUUCAGCACGCUACGCAAAACUUUGCUGCCCGCGUCCUCGGACGACAAGGAGCACAUUAAGAGUAGAAGAAAAAUCAAGCUCAAGCUCCAGCGUCAAGAAACGAUCUCCUCAAUGGAAGAGCUUGAGCUUUUCCAGAAUCAAAAGGGAAUCGAUAAUGUUCGAGCCCGAGCAGUGAAAAGGGCUUUGACACCAGGAGCAUUAUUUAGCACAAUAAAAUCGUUCUCAACCGACCAGCAAGCCACCACGCACGAUGGAUAUCCUUUGGAUAGAAUAGAAUCCAUUUGGGAUGAGCUAGAUGGCGAUAUUGUUUUUUUGGGCGGGUAUAGAGGAAGUAUUUUGCGAGACUGUAAUACUAAACGCAGAAUUUGGUUGCCCAUUCGUGCUGGCUUCAAUAUACGCAAAGUGGAUCUACUAAUUGGACCCGAACCAGAUUCAGAGCAUAAGGCUCAAUCCAAAAUUUAUCCCGACGGAAUGCUUACUCACUUGGGGCCAGUUGACGUGUGCAGGAAACUCAUCAAAAGGCUUAGGAACAAUCCCAAUGUGAACGUCGAAGAUUUCGGUUACGACUGGAGGUUUUCACUUGAUAUACCAGCUAAAGACUUGGCAAAAAGAUUAACGGAGAUAUACGACAACCAAAAAAUAAAGAAAGGCACUUUUCUAGUAGCGCACUCGAUGGGUGGACUAGUUGCCCACAAAGUACUUCAGGAGCAUACCCAUCUGAUCAGAGGAAUUAUAUACGUUGGUUCACCUAGCCAAUGCCCUAACAUCUUAGGUCCCAUGAGAUUUGGAGAUGAAGUUAUUUUCAACAAAAGCAUCCUGAGCGCUGAGUCAACUUUUUUUAUGAGAAGCAGCUUUUAUUUCUUGCCAUUCGACGGGAGAUGUUUUGCAAACACAGAUACACUCGAACGUUACGACCUAGAUUUCUUCGAUCCUAAAAUAUGGCGCGAAUACGGUCUUUCGCCGCUUGUCAGUGAUGAACGCCUGAAAGAAGAAGACGAUGUUCAGAUUAGCUCGACUGAAAAGGAAAAGUUUAGUUUGAUCCCUCAUGUGGAUAUGAUGAGAUCUUUAAGCAGUAAUGAAGAACCCGUGCACUUCGUUACACCUUACAAGAAGUGCCAAGAGUAUUUGGAGAGGACUUUGAGGGAGACCCGCGAGUAUCUAGAGAGCCUCAAAUUUGACGAAACGAAGAAAUAUCCGCCUCUAGCAAUUGUCUACGGCAAUCGAAUACCAACUGUGCGAGGUGCAAAAGUUCAUAAUAAGGAGCAGAUCAAAAGCGGUCAAUAUGAGGAAUUCUACUACGGCCCGGGAGACGGUGUGGUGCACCACAAGUGGCUUUUGCCUGAAACUCGUGGUUUCCCCGUAGUAGCCAAGAUCGCGUCCGAAUGCGCACAUGUCAGUCUUAUGACCGAUUUCGAAGCAAUGGGCAAGGCCUUCAUAUCGCUUGUUGACAAUGAAUAG